AUGGUUUCUUUUGAGAAAGUCAAGCUCACAAACAAUGAACUGGACCAGCAUGGACAUAUUAUCCUGAAUUCAAUGCACAAGUAUCAGCCAAGGGUCCAUAUUAUCAAGAAGAAGGACCACACUGCAUCUCUACUGAAUUUAAAAUCAGAAGAAUUCAGGACAUUUAUCUUUCAGGAAACUGUUUUUACCGCUGUCACAGCCUAUCAAAACCAAUUGAUAACCAAACUGAAAAUUGACAGUAACCCUUUCGCCAAAGGAUUCCGGGACUCCUCCAGGCUCACUGAUAUUGAGAGAGAAAGUGUGGAAAACCUUAUUCAAAAACAUUCUUAUGCACGAUCCCCAAUCCGGACUUAUGGAGAUGAUGAUGUCUUGACAGAAGAUGGCCAGGUGGUACAGAGCAGAGGAUCAGCUUUUACAGCCUCUGACAACUUAUCCCUCACCUCCUGGGUAUCCUCCACAUCAGGGUUCUCUAGUUUCCAGCACCCACAAACAUUGUCAGCGCUGGGUUCUAGCGGUGCUUCUCUGGCAACACCAAUUCCUCACCCAAUCCAAGGCUCCUUGCCUGCCUACAGUCGGCUCAGCAUGCCACUCACGCCUUCAGCUCUUGCAAGCACCAUGCAAGGUAGUGGGCCUUCAUUUCCUUCUUUCCAUAUGCCCAGGUACCAUCACUACUUCCAGCAGGGACCUUAUGCAGCCAUCCAAGGACUGCGUCACUCCUCGGCUGUGAUGACUCCAUUUGUAUGA